AUGUCAAAGAUGAAGCAUAUUCUCCGGAAACUCCACAUCGGCGGUGGCGGAGGUGGGGGCACCGCCGCUACCCUGCCGGACCACCAUCCCCAUGCCCAUCACCAUCCUCACAAUCAUAAUCCGGGACGAGUUUUGGAGACUGGUAGUAGUAAUACUGUUACGACGACGACUGCGUCCUCAUCGUCGUCGUCGUCGUCGCCGGUGGAGCAGCAGGCGUCGACUUCGGGUUCAUUGGGUCGAGCUACUGCGGCUGUGGCGGGGGAUGCGAUUGUGGUGGAAUCCGUGGAGAAUUCGAAUUCAGUGCAUUCGAGGAGUGGCGAUGCGAGUGGGAGUAGUGCUGUGGCGGAUUUCAGUUUCUUGGAGGAGGAAUUUCAGGUUCAAUUGGCUCUGGCAAUGAGUGCAUCCGCGUCGGCUUCCGCUUCGGAAUCGCCCGAGGAUCCGGAAACCACCGCCCAAAUUAAAGCUGCCAAGCAGAUUAGCUUGAGUUGUUCCCCUUCCCAGACUCUCGUUGACUUCCAAUCUCUUCGCUAUUGGAAUUAUGACGUGGUCAAUUAUAAUGAGAAAGUGAUAGAUGGGUUCUAUGAUGUAUACGGCACUAAUGCCAACUUGCUGGCGCGGGGUGAAAUGCCUUCGUUAGUGGAGCUUCGAUCUAUUCCUGCUUUAGGCAAUGUUGAUUAUGAAGUGAUUAUAGUUGACCGAACCACAGAUCUGGAACUGCAGAGGCUGGAAGAGAAAGCACAUCUAAUUAACAGAGAGUUUCAAGCUUUAAGGAUGGGUGCACUUUUGGGAUUCUUUGUACGAAAAAUUGCUGACAUUGUGGUAGAGAAAAUGGGGGGUCCUGUUAAUGAUGCUGAGGAAAUGCUGAGGAGGUGGACUGCCCGGAGUUAUGAAUUAAGAACCUUUCGAAACUCGAUUAUCCUUCCCCUUGGCUCUCUUGAUGUCGGACUUUCACGCCAUAGGGCCUUACUCUUUAAGGUACUUGCUGAUAGGAUCAACCUUCCGUGUAUGCUAGUCAAAGGAAGUUACUACACGAGCACAGAUGAUGGAGCAUUUAGCAUAAUAAAAUUUGAUGAUGGAAGUGAGCACAUAAUUGACCUAAUGGGCGCUCCUGGAACCCUUAUUCCUUCAGAGAUUCCCAGCGGUCAGCUUCAAAACUGUGGUAUUGAUUUAAGGACUAUCACACCUAUUGCAGAAACCUUCAAGGAUUCAUGUUCUGAAUUUAGUGAAGCAAAUAGGACAGGUGUACAAGUGCCUACCAAGAUCAACAGUUCAACUUUUGGCUUCACAACUCUGGGUAAUGAUGAGAAUGAAGAAAGUAAGCUGGUUGGUCAUGGUAUUCGAAAUGUUAUUCCAUUAGCGGAGUCGCCAGCAAGUGGUGGCCUUAAAGGAUCUGCUGACAGUCAGAUCCUGGUUGAAGAUUUUUCCCAGUAUGUCUGUCUUCCAGCAAAAAAUCCAGAAUUGGCCCAGAAAUUUGAACCUUUUCUAUUUGAAACAAGAGCAGUGCUCUCCCAAGAGAAUUCUUCGGCUCAAAGCCCAAUUGUUCUUGGAGAGCAGAAGUUCGUGGAGAAAAAUCUGUUGUUGAAGGAUCAAAUGGGGCCUAAUGGUCGAGGUCAACCAGAAUUAUGUGUUUCUAGCAAUGAGAAAUCCAUAAUACCGAUAUCUCAAUUACGGUUCAUAAAUAACACCUCUUCUGGCCUCGAUAUAAACAGUUCUAUUGCAAAAAAUCAGGGAGAAUUGUCCUGUGUUUCUAAAACAAAGGAUCUUGCUAAUUGCAGUCAGUCUGACGUACAUUCUCGAGAUGAGCAAAUUGACCAGGUGCUAGGUGGGGUUGCUGAAUGGGAAAUACCAUGGGAAGAUCUUCAGAUUGGUGAACGUAUUGGAAUCGGAUCAUUUGGUGAGGUUUACCGCUCAGAUUGGAAUGGCACUGAAGUUGCUGUGAAAAAAUUUAUGAAUCAGGAUAUUUCAAGUGAUGCACUGGCACAGUUUAAAUGUGAAGUGGAAAUCAUGUUGAGAUUGAGACAUCCAAAUGUUGUUCUUUUCAUGGGAGCAGUAACUCGUCCACCAAAUCUCUCUAUAUUGACCGAGUUUCUACCAAGAGGAAGCUUGUUCAAGUUAUUGCAUCGCUCAAAUGUCCAAAUUGACGAAAGGAGGCGAUUGAGGAUGGCACUUGAUGUGGCAAAGGGAAUGAAUUAUUUGCACACAAGCCAUCCUGUUAUUGUGCAUCGAGAUCUGAAAACCCCAAAUCUCCUUGUAGAUAAAAAUUGGGUUGUUAAGGUUUGUGAUUUUGGGAUGUCACGCAUGAAGCAUCACACAUUUCUGUCUUCCAAGUCUGCAGCUGGGACAGCUGAAUGGAUGGCACCAGAAGUUUUGAGGAAUGAACCAUCCAGUGAGAAAUCUGAUGUGUUCAGUUUUGGUGUAAUUUUGUGGGAGUUGGCGACGCUGGAUGUCCCAUGGACAGGGAUGAACUCUAUGCAGGUGGUUGGAGCUGUUGGGUUCCAGGGUAGACGCCUCAAUAUUCCAGAUCGUGUUGACCCAGUGGUCGCAGAAAUUAUCAACAACUGCUGGGAUUUUAAUCAGCACCAAAGGCCAUCAUUUAAAGAGAUUAUCGCCCGGCUAAAGUGUCUUCAGCGCUUAGUUGUUCGGAAAGCAGAUAUGGAGGCAAAGCAACUAUAG